AUGGCCGGCUUCCCCGUGCCCAACGAUGUGCCGGGUCAACCGAUCGACAAGUCGCUGUUCAAGUUGCCGGGCACCAAUGGAUGGAUGCCCCACGACUACCAUCUGCAGGGCGACCCCACUCUCGCGGCCGACGUGUCUCACGGCCACGCCUUCCUCUGCCACACAUUCACCGCGCUCAGCUCGGUGGCCACUGUGCUCUCGCAGGCCUACCCCUACAUCUACCGCACAAACAUCUCGCCACUCAAUCAACCAUUCCCCUCUGUCUUGGCACCAGUGUUCAAUCAACAACUGUUGGCCGCAGCUCACUUUGCUCAGAGCACGGACAACGACAUACAGAUGACUGGCAGUCAUGGCGACGACAUCUGGGUACUCUCUCAAUCAUUUGGAUUCCAGAUGACUCAGCCACGUCGCGAUCCAACACCCAAUGGCAACAUGCUUGUCACGAGCACCAAGCUCUCCCCUGACUUCUCCAAGAAAUUCUCGAUCCCACCCUCGCUCUCCCAAUGGUCCUUCGACAUUGAUGAGGCUCAACUCGCUGUAUCCGAGUCGCCCGCAGUCGUCUGUCUUUCAAACUACCAUCAGCUCAAUUACAUGGGAAGAUUGAUCAUCUGUAUUCCAGGCGAUGUCCCACUGGCCCAACACUUUAUCCGUGCUGUUGAGACUUAUGAGAACUCGAUGUGCGUUGGCCAGCCGAAUUGUGCAGACUUGGACAACUUCCAGGCCACACAGUUCAUCAAGGGCAAGUUGUUGAUCGACGUUGAGUCGCCCAUGCUGCCCGAGAGCAUCGCUGAGUACAUGGCAGCAUUCCCCGACUCAUUGCUGCCCAACACCGACCUGAGCAUCUACAACACCAACCAUUGGUGCAGUGACUCAUGUCUGGCCGCCAUGAGCGAGCAGUCUUGGUACCGCUCGGACGACUACGCUCAAUUCUCAUUUGAGAAGGAGUUCAAGCCAUUCGUGCUGAUCUUCCUGCACGACCAGGGUCGCGACAUCACCAUUGUCGACGACAACAACGCCACCAUCUCUGAGCCGUCGCGCGACAUGAGUGAUCAGGGUGCCUACUCGCCCUACUUCACCGACGACUACGUCGUGCUGUUCCGUGUGUUGCAGUGGCUGCAUGACGUGCGCCAGACUGUGUGGCCAAUGGGUGCGCCGUCACCCCGCAGCAUCUUUGUCACAUCUGACGCCUUUUUCAGUGGCCGCAUGAGCACGAAUGGUCCCGUCAUCAAGUCAUUCUGUAUGGACUCCAUCUUCCAAGCGUUCGCCUAUGAUGUCGUCGCUCAACUCGAUCGUUCCUUCGAUAUUGGCUGGACCUCACGUCCAUCCUCCGCCACCUAUCCCGUCGCCGCAGCCAAGUGGGACCUUGUGCAUGGUCUCGUCACAUCCAUCGCCAUGAACUACAAGAGUCUUGUACUCCCAUCACUUUCACAACAUCUCAAAGAAUCAUUUGACCCUGAUUGCUCGGGUCAAUGGGUAGACUAUGAGAAUUAUAAUGCCACUCAAGAUGCACCAAUGUCGAUGGGCUGGACUACAGCCUUCUUCUGGGACCUGUUGGACCAGAACCCAGACUCUGGCGCCAACGACAACAGUCCAGACCCAACAAUCUCACUCGCUCAACUACUUCAAUCAUUGUACCGCAUUGGCCAGCAACCCGAGGCUCAGCAGCCCACCAAUGCUCGCGACUUUACCGCUCAAAUGGUCCAGGGAAUGCCCGCCACAACCGUCAGCAAAGUGCAAGGCACAAUGGACUAUGACCAGAUCUACAUGUGUGCUACGUCGUGCCAGGCCGCACCUGUGCCGGUGACCGAUCCCACCUCCAUCCAGCAGUACCUCAUCUCGUUGGGCGUGUGCCAGAGUGAGAUCGAUCAAGUCUCACUUGAGUCCAUACAGGAGGCCAUGCAACAAUGGGUAUCAUACAGCAACAAUGUGGUCGACAACACUUUGGUAAAGUUCAUCACUCAACCCGUGGAGACCCGCGACCCAGUGCUUGUGUCGCUUGUCAACAGCCUGAACACGGCCCGCUGUGGCCAGGACUCGCUGCCAAAGUCCAUGGUGCAAUUCACCCGCGUGCUCGCCAACCAGCUGUACCACGCCACCAUGUCCUUCCAGUACUCGCGCAACAUUGAGACCUACUUCUUUGGCGACACUACCAACUGGGUCUCGACAGGCGUCGCCGUCACCAAGUACAACGACCAUCUGUGCUGGGUGGGUACCACCUCGCUGGCGGACUUUAAGCGCGGCAUCCCCCUUGAGCACUGUGAGGUCGGCCCCUUGGUCACCUCGAUCGACCCGCUGGACGGACCCACCGAUCAAUCCAGUGCCAUCACAGUCAUCGGUCACAACUUGGCCAUGGAUGGCGUCACAUUCAAAUUUGGCAACAAGGACUGCGUCUAUUCCAACUCCUACUACAAUCAAUACGAUCAAUCAAUGGUGUGCAACCUGGCCGAUGGCAUUGGUAUCCUACCAAUCACCUAUUACAACUCCCAAGCCAGGCUACCCGCCGAGCGACCACUUCGUGACUGGAUCUUUGCAUAUUACAGACCUUACAUUAGUCAAGUGAUCAUGCCAGUGGAGCCAGUGCCAACAGUUGGCUCAUUGGUGACGAUUACAGGAUCCAGCUUCUUCUCAUACACAUCCACAAUCGCAGACAUCACGGUCCAAGUUGAGAACAUAGUCCAACACAUAGUCGACAGUUACCAAGGUCAGGGUUUCAUCUUUGAAGCCAAGGGUACAGGUUUGAACAAACUGAUAACAGUUACAGUCGCCAAGCAAUCCAAUGAUCUAUCAUUCAAUCAAUUCUUCAUCAACUUUACUGCACCAAAGAUCACGGGAAUCACACCAAUGAUCAGUUUGGACAAUGGAGGUGGACAACUAAUUUCUGUCCAAGGUUCGUCAUUUGGCGCGCCAGACACCACUACCGAGUUCUCCAUACUCCUUGCCGAGAACCCUUGUGAGCCAUCAAUAAUCAUAAGCGAUACCCUGGCAACGUGUUUCACGCCAACUGGAACCAACCCGCUGUCCACGGUACGCGUCGUGGUCGACAACCAGGUGUCACAGGAGAGGAACUUCAUCCUGUCGUACAAGGGUCCACACAUCCUCCAGAUCGUGUACCCGCCCAUGCCCACAGCCUACUUCUCCCUGUUCUGGAUCGCCGGAACCAACCUGGGAGUGCGCGAUGGUCUGAUGCCUAGCGUGUUCUUAUACGAUGCCACGGUCGACCUUGAGUGCGAGGACGACCACGACAACUGCUAUAUGGACAAGAAAUACUUUGCCGCUGACGGCCACACCCCGGCACCUGUGCCCGCCGCCCAGAGCCCUGAUGUGGCGAUCAGCAUCGACAACUUCGACCCGUACAUCUCUCUGAACGACUCGUUCCGCCGCACCGUGGACUUUGAUUGUGUGCGCUGCUGGAUGAACCCAGGCAUUGGCCGCGACAUUGUGGUCGAGGUUGGCCUGUACUCGGGAGGUGACAUCGCCCAGGACAAGCUGCGCUACAUCGCACCAUCGAUUGCCAACGCAUCAGUGAGUGAUAGUGACACGGAUGGUGGCGCUCAGAUCACUUUGAUUGGAGACAACUUUGUUCCCAACGAGCUGAUCGUGGAGGUGCACGAGUCUGGUCUCAACCUUACCGACGCUCCACUGGAAGGCCCAGCCAACUACACAAACGUAACAAUGGACGGCACAGUGAUGCUGCACAACGUGUCAUUCGUCAACUCGACAUUCAUCAUCGGCCAGCUGCCUCCAGGCAUCGGCCGCAAUCAUACUAUAAUGACAUCAAUCGGCAAUCAACCAUCAAACACUGUCAACUUUGCGUACAACGCGCCCAACGUGACGUUGGUACCACGCGCACCAACUCCUGGCGGCGUCAACAUCACCAUCCAAGGCCACAACUUUGUGCCAACCAAUGUGUCUGAUGGCGGAGUCACACGCAGCAACGUGACGAUCAACAGCCACCUGUGCACCCCGGUGAAAUGGGUGUCGUCCGCGCAGUUGGUGUGCACUGUGCCAGCGGGUGUCGGCAAGAACCUCAGUCUGGACGUGGCAGUUGGGGGACAGCUCAACACUGACAACUCUACAUUCAGUUAUCUCCCGCCCACUGUCAGUUCGGGACCCUAUGUCUCCCCGACCGAGGGUGGCGCACACGUCACAAUCACCGGAGCCAACUUUGUGCCAGCGUCCCUCGCCAACGACAUCAACACCCAGCACCCACAGCCCGACGCCAACUUCACAGUCAUUAUAGGCGCGACCCCAUGUCAAUCAAUCAGAUGGAUCGAUCAGGACAAGGUGGAGUGUGUAGUGCCCAAGGGCAUUGGCAAGGAGUUGAUCGUCAACGUCACAGUCGGCUUCCAGGCCAUCGAGGCAGCCAACACAUUCUUCUCCUACAACGCACCACAGGUUACCGCGGCCACACUCUCUGACACAGAGGGCAGCUUGAUCACAAUCACUGGUGCUAACUUUGUGCCAACAGGUGUCGACGCCCAGAACUCUAGUGUGGAGAUUGGAUCGGCCACAGACUCGCGCACAUGCGCAAACGCCACAUGGGUCGACCAUCAGACCAUCAGAUGUCUCGCACCCUAUGGGAUGGGCGCCAACAUCCCCAUGCGCGUCAACAUCGCCAACCAACAGGGCACGUACAACAUGUCGUACAACAAGCCAUCAGUCGAUGACCUGGACUACCACGCCCCGACCAAGGGUGGUGUGCAGAUCACAAUCGUCGGCGCCAACUUUGUCCCCAGCCCACUGGCCACCGCGACCACCGCCCAAGGCCAAUCAGCGGACAACUCAAUCUUUGUAGGCGAUCUCCAAUGUUUGGCCGUGUCCUGGAUCAAUGCUUCGCGCGCCGUCUGUACCGUGCCAAGUGGCGAGGGUGUGGACAAGCGCGUCAAGGUCACUGCCGGCCGCCAAGAAUCCGACACCAACACAUACUUCUCAUACGAUGCGCCCAACAUCACUUCGAUCGUGCCUAACCGCGGUCGCAUGCAAGGUGGCACGCGCGCCACAAUCACCGGAGCCAACUAUGGCCUCAACCCAUCGGUUAAGAUUGGCAACGUCGCAACGACCAUCCUCUCAAGCACGCACGAGUCCAUCGUCUGCACCACCCCCGCGUCCAGCACUGAAGGUGACGCGCUGGUUGUGGUCACUGUGGCAGAUGGCCGCUCGACCACCCAACAGGUCAAUUUCACAUACUAUGGCCCACCCAAGAUCGACUCAAUCUCGCCCGCCGACGGUUCAAUCGUUGGCCAGUACGCCGUAACAAUCAAUGGACACAACUUCCGUGAGGAUGGUUCGGUGCUCAGUGUGUACUUCAACGGCCACGCCGAACGCAUCACCUCGUCCAACGACACGAUGAUUGUGUUUGUUUGUCCACGCGGAUGGGGCACCAACAUCAACUUGUACGUCACUUUGGGCGAUCAGCGCAGCAAUGACAACUCAGACUUUUCAUUCCGUGCGCCACAUAUUGACUCGAUCACACCAUCCGAUGGCGGAGUCAGCGAGUCCACCCACAUUGCCAUCAAGGGUACUGACCUCGGACUGUUUGGCCAAACAUCCACCAUCACAGUCGGUGGUGUGGCAUGUCCCAUGGAGACUGUGGCAUACGAUGCCACAGCGCUCACAUGUACCAUCGCGCCCGCUGCCGCUGGACCCAAGGAUGUCGUUGUGACCUUCAAAUCGCGCCAAUCCAACGCCGUCACAUUCACUCAUCGCGACGAUGACUCUUCAUCAUCCUCCUCAUCCUCGUCCUCAUCGUCAUCAGAUUCCAACUCUGGAAGCACAGAAGAGCCAGACAAGACCAAGACACCAGAGAUUGAGGGAGAAGUUGUGAUUGACAUCAUUACCACGACCUCGGUUAUCAUCGACCCUGUGACCAAGAUUGGCACAGUAGUCGUGACAUUCGUCGUGACCAUACCCAUUGGAGUGGUGACUGGCUUGCCAACACCAUGGAGAUUCACGGCCACCGACAUGAUCUUCAAGACCCGCGACCCCAUCCCUUGGAACUUUGACUUUGACGACAUAUUGCCACCCACAAUCACACUGCCCUCGCCACCUAAACUCGGAUGGAUGACCGAUCCACUGGGCAAAUGUAGCCUGAACGCUGUCAUUGGAAGUGCACUGCAGAUCACCAGCAGAUUGGGAGGCAUCACCAGCUUCUUUGGCAAUAUCUUCAACUUCCCAGCUAUCAAUCCAUGUGGUUCAAAUCCAUCCUCAACUACCGAUGGUGGAUCAACAACAACGGACACAACAACCAACAAUCCAUCGACAACUACCAACGGUCCAACGACUGGUCCAUCCACGACCAGCCCAACAACUGGCCCUGCCUCGACUACUGACUCGACCACCUCCACAACCGGUCCUGCCACCACUGGUCCAUCAACCACCAGUCCAACAACUGGCCCAGCCUCGACCACAACAACAACUGGUCCAGCCACAACAAGUCCAUCCACGACCAGCCCAACCACUGGCCCCGCUUCGACCACCACAACCGGUCAAGCCACCACAGGUCCGGCGACAACCAGCCCAACUACCGGUCCAGCCUCGACCACUGACACGACCACAAGUCCCUCGACUACCAGUCCCUCGACAACCACCCCAACAACUGGUCCAGCCUCGACUACUUCCACGACAAGCCCAACCACAACCACCCCAACAACUGGCCCCGCUUCGACCACUUCCACCACCAGCCCAUCAACGACAACCCCAACCACAACCACCCCAACGACUGGUCCCGCCUCGACUACUUCCACCACCAGCCCAUCUACCACCAGUCCAUCGACAACAUCACCAUCCACAACGACUGGAGCUACAACCACGACUGGCGCUACAACAGGUGCUGGAUCAGUGUCAGAACUCGAGGGCAUUGUAUAUGUUGAUAACAACUUCAACAAUGUAUACGACUCUGGAAUUGAUCGUUUGGACUAUGGCACCACUGUACUCAUUGUUGAUCCAACAGGCCACGUUACCAACUUGACAACAGACUUCAAUGGCAAAUAUUACUACGCCACGUUUACUCCUGGCCAACAUACUGUCACCGUGGUCAACACCAAGCCACAGCACAUAAUGCCGAUCACUCAACGUACGGUGCAAGUCGAUCCCGGCGCAAGGGUGAUUGUCAACUUUGCAAAGUUCACCAGGUCCAAGCAGGGCUGUGUCGGCACACUCACAGACGCACAGGGCAACUCGAUCACACUGCAAUAUGGCACAUACAAUCUGUCCAACUUCAACUUUGUCGCGCCAUCACCAUUGACACCAUCGUCGUCGGUGUUUGACCCAAUAUGCCAGUCUACCCUCAUUGGAAGUGGACCACUGGUAACGAUCAAUUACGCGCAGUCAAUCAAGCUCCAACUCUACGUUGAUCAGGACAUGAAUGGAAUGAUGGAUGCCAACGAGACCACUACCAGCCUGCCCGUGAACGGACAGAUCACAAUCAUUUCCAACUCCACGCAGUACAACUCUGCCGUCAACACCACGAUCCAGGUCACCUCGCUCCCGGUGCUGGUCACACUCGAUGUGCCAGCCGACGCCAUCAUCACAUACCGCGCCACCCUAUCUGGAAACCAGACAUCACCCGUGGUCCCCGUGGUCCAGGAUCGUCGUGGCACCCACGUCCACAAAGUCGAUCGCGCUCACCUCCACAGCAGCACUUGGCAGCAAUGUGACUUUGAACCAGAACACAACGAUGCAGUACACAUUCAACAUCACUGA